CGAGGUUCCUCACGUUCUUUCUCUAGCUCGAUUGCUUAUCCCUUGCUGGUGCUAGCUGCCAUCCAUUCUUUAUUUUUUCACUUGUGAUAGCCUAUAAGCAUGCUUAUUCGCAUUUCCUGCCCUCUACUUCUCAAGGCCUCUGUGUCGCUCGCUGCUCCAUUCUCUUUCGCUCGCCGUGUGACAACUGGAGUCACUCUAGAUCCCGCUGCUGUUGCCGAGGCUCAAGUCCGCGACGAUACUGCGACUCGCGCGUUCUCAGCUACCUCUAUUACGACCAGCGACGGUCAAUGUCUUUUCGUUGAUCCUACAUCUGGGGACUUCCGCGAGAACCUGACUCCGGUACAGACCGCUGCUUGCAACGGGAGCACUUCCCAGCAUUGGGAUGUGAUCACCGCUGGUGUUCACAACAAUGUCCCUGGAGCGGCCUUGAUAGUCAGCACCUUAACUAAUGCGUGCCUCAACUUCGAUCCCCGUCGUGCAGCGGGUAAUCAAGUUCUGCUGUUCUCCUGUGGAGGCAGAGCGGACGGCGGUGGCGCUGUGACGAACUCUCAAUUGUUCAACUUCGCCGGUGGUGCGGGACCUUUGCCUUUAGUGCCUCAAAACGCUAACAAUGCCACAUGUUUGAUCAUCACGAACGGACUGCUCGAUCAGACUUCGUGCGAUCUAACACAAGCAUCCGGUCUUGAGCUCUUCACUUUCGGUAGUGACGCUACUACAUCGCCUGCAUCAAGCACAUCCUCCGCUCCCUCGGAAGCCUCUUCCACAUCCACGGACGCAACAUCAUCUCCCACUCCCACUUCUACCACUCCCACCUCCACCCUCUCCUCUCCCACAGUCACCGGCACCGGCACCACAGUCCUCGAUCCCACCGCUGUCGCGGAAGCUCAAGUGCGCGACGACACCGCUACUCGCGCAUUCUCCUCCGCCCAGAUUCAAGACUCGACCGGCCAAUGCCUCACCAUCGACCCUCUUUCCGGUGAUUUCCGUGAGAACUUGAUCCCCGUGACGGUGCAGGCUUGCGAUGGGAGUGCUGGGCAGCAGUUCGAUGUGAUCACGAGCGGGGUUCAUAAUAAUGUGGCGGGAGCUGCGUUGAUCGUCAGCAGCGAGACUCAAGGAUGCCUAAACUUCGAUCCUCGACGAGCAGCCGGCGACCAGGUCAUUCUGUUCUCCUGUGGCGGUCGCGCUGACGGUGGCGGAGCGGUCACCGAUUCUCAACUUUUCAACUUUGCCAGCGGCUCAAGCUCUCUGCCGCUCGUCCCACAAAACAGCAAUAACGCGACAUGCCUGGUCAACUCGAGCGGUGCGCUCGCACCGGCAAACUGUGAUGACAGUGCCGAUCAGCUCUUCGUGAUCGUUCAGUAGCGGCGUCGAAGACGAAGGCAGAGACUGAGACGAAGUGUCCAAAUCAGGUUGUGUAUUCUAGCCCUCAUGAGUGCAAAAGCUACAAGGACAUUACGAUGUAUUGAGAAGACUACUUUGAUACAGUCAGAACUUGGUUGGUGAGGUUUACUCGUCCCUCGAUAUUAGCAUUGUUCUAUCAUAUGGAGGGCAGCGGCUGCGACGUCCUGUCCCACGAUUUGUGGAGUACAGAAACUUGAAAGCAAGAUGAAGAGACGAACAAUAUGUGUCCUGAAUCGUGUUUUCUGUGGGCUGAA